GAGAGAUUCAAGAAAACGAAGCUUGGGCUGUGAGAGAGGCAAAACCAGUAAGUGCCAGCUUAUGCCACUGGUGGUCUUGGACCCUCAAGAAGUGCCAGUGUGGCUGAGGAGCAUGAAAUGCAACGAAAAGGUAGAUACUCAACCUGCCUGCCAGCAGUCACUAUCUCCUUUGGGCCUUCAAGGAGUCUUGGAGAAUAAAAAUAAAAGGACCAAGGUCAUUUCUGGAGAGGGAAGUAGCUGCAGAAAAGCUUGUAUCAGCGGCUUCAGUGCCAGCCGCUGGGGGAGGCAACCAAGGCUCCGUCCAAAAAGGCACAAAAAAAAGAGCCGGCAGCAGCCUAAUAACUCCUUUUUCAGACCCCCGAUGAGGCAAAAAGGAAUGGAGAAUGUUGGUUUGGAGCUGUCUGUAGAUGUAAGAGACAAUGACCAUUCAUUCUUCAAUAGCUCCUAUUCCUAUGGUAGAGUUCGGUCGUCUUUGUCCUUCCAUAAGAAGAAGAAAGUUACCACAGAAAAGAGUUUCACUGACAGCAUUCUCAAUUCCCCUUCUGUGAAAUCCCAGCUUUCAGGGUACCCAGGGACUCUAGCUGCCGGUAAGGCUCAGGAGUCUGCUUCUUCCAUGCUCCUGCUGGCUCCCAGCAAUUCCUGUUCUAUCCUGGAGCUCAUGUUUACAGAUGCAGAGAAGGUGUUUGGGGAAUGCCAGCAGGAGGGGCCUAUCACUUUUGAGGAAUGCAUUCCCUUAGAUAAGAUGAAAGAUUGCAAGAAAAUUGGAGAAGGGGUGUUUGGAGAGGUCUUCCAGAUUGAUAGUGAGAGAGGACCUGUGGCCUUAAAAAUAAUACCCAUUGAAGGGACUCAAAGGGUAAAUGGUGAAGCUCAAAAGAGUUUUGGAGAGAUUCUGCCCGAGAUAAUAAUUUCAAAAGAACUCAGUCUUCUGUCUGAAGAGUCUGCGAACAGGACUGUUGGGUUCAUCAGCUUGUACUCGGUGCACUGUGUUCAAGGCGCCUAUCCUAAGUACCUCCUGGAAGCCUGGGACAAAUACCACAAAGCAAUGGUAUCAGAAAACGAUCGGCCAGACCUUUUCGACGAUGAGCAGCUCUUUGUGGUUCUGGAGUUUGAAUUUGGAGGCAGUGACUUGGAGACUAUGAGGAAAAAGCUCAGUUCAGUGGCAUCAGCAAAAAGCAUUUUGCACCAGGUCACUGCUUCCCUGGCUGUGGCAGAACAGGAACUGGCCUUUGAGCACAGAGACUUGCACUGGGGGAACGUGCUGGUAAAGACAACUGAUGUAAAGGAGCUCGAUUAUGUGUUGAAUGGGGAAACGCACACAAUCCCCACAGCAGGGAUUCAUGUCAACAUCAUAGACUAUACCUUGUCUCGGCUGGAGAAGGACGGGUUAACCGUGUUUUGUGACCUUUCCACUGAAGAAGAACUAUUUCAAGGCACAGGGGACUACCAGUUUGACAUCUACAGGCAAAUGAAAGCAGAGAAUUCCAACAGCUGGACUGACUAUCACCCACACAGCAACGUCCUCUGGCUGCACUACUUGUCAGGUAAACUUUUGAAAGAUGUUUGCUACAGAAAAAAAGAAUCAAAUUCUGCCUUGAAGAAAAUAAAGCAGCAGCUCGGGAAGUUCCAUAGAGAAGUACUAACCUUUGAGUCUGCCAAUGAAGUUUUACAAAACAGCAGCCUCUUCCAGUGA